AUGGCGAAUUUCACAGAAGCCCGAGUCGGCACAAUCGACCCGUCUCGCGCACUCGUCCUUGCCUCCAUCCUUCAGAACCACAAACCAGUGGAUUAUGGAAUUCCGGCUGGGAUUUGCCCGACGAUGGAUCUUAGCCCAAAAGCAAACGAAACCGAAUCAUCAGGUCGCUACUGCGAAGUCGAUCUGUACAAAGCAAAAUACUACACGACUGGAACUGUGAUCAAAAAAGUCAACAACUUCAUCUGCUACGAUCCUGACAUUGGCCGAGUCUACCCUGUACGAGGAAUGGUCAAAGCGGGGACGAUUUGCAAGGACUUGGAGAGUUAUUGCCAGCCAGUGACCAUCGCGAAAAAUAUUCAUGGAUUGAAGGAUGGAACGAGGGGUCCUGGGGGGAAGGUCUUUGUUGAUACCAGCGUGUCCAUCAAUGAAACAACGGGCUUUGAAGUGGAAGGCCUCGCAUCUUAUCAUUUCAACUCCCAACCCUAUGUUUCUUAUGAAAACACGAACAUAAUCAAUAUUGUAACUGGAAAAAUUCAAGCUCAAGGGCCGGUUCAAAAAUACACUCCUUGA